CUAGCUCAGCAAUUUAUUCUCCAUCGAAAUUUCACAUAACACACAGCUUGAAUCAAAGUUAAAACUAUCUGUAAUACUCUUUAUCAAUGAAUGACAGAGAAUCUGAACCCUAAAGCCAGGAGAUUUGAGACCCGAGACGAUGCCGCUGAAAUAGGUUCUGCAUUGGCAGCCCAAUGCAGGGACUUCGGUGAACAGUCAAAUCAUCAAUGAAGUGACGCAGGUCGUCGAGAGCAUCAAUGGGAUUAAGGAAGGCCGGUGGAAAGCCACCAUCACAUUCUACAAACCCUUGCUUCGAGAGCAGGCUAUGGUAGGGGAAUACCCGCGUGAUUUCUUAGGGAUUGCACUGCCGGAGCAGCCAAAUAAGUACUACCUUAUAAUCCGACCGCUUCGCAUUGUUCUUGAGGCUGAUUCUACGAUUACUAUGAUUAUGGAGAAAUUGCAGUCUUACAAACAGAGGGUCUCACUUAAUUUUGAGGGAUUUCAGUAUCGACUGGGUUUCUCAGUGAGAGUGGGAAAAGUUCUUCCUAAUCACACUGAUAAUUUGAGAGGAAUAGUUAUGGAGGUGGAGUACCUGCCCAUUUCUUCAAUGGAAAAGGCAAGGCAAAUUAUGGAAGAUUUUGUGACUAUAUGGGAUCAGGCUGUGUCAAAAAGAGCAAUACCAGGCCACUUUGUGCAUAUGGAGCCAAACUUUGGUGAGUUUGGCCUUGGAGAUCAGUAUACUUCACAACACACUGCCGUCCAGUAUGCCGCUGUUAUGGCUCAACUAAUUGCGUCCGUGCAACCGGUGCAAGGUAGAAAUUAGGAACAAGAUCUUGUAUGUCACUCGCACAACUGGUUUGACGUGUGAAUGUUUUCAAUCCCAGUUUGGAGAGAUAUGAAUAUCCAAGUUAAGGUUUGGUUUUCCAUAAAGUACGCGGUAGUUUGAAACAGAAAAUGUAGACUUCUUAGAAUGUAAAGAGAUGCUUGGCUUUUU